AUGGAAGAAUUAUUGAUGUUCUCUGCUUAAAACAAAUUAACUUUUGUUUAUAAUAGGAACACCUUAUAAAUUUAGACUGAAUUCAAAGUUAAAAAUAUAUCAUAGAAUAUCUUGGAAAUUUAAAUAGAAUUGUCAAAUCCUUCGAAUUACAUAAUAAAACCAAACAAUUUUUACAUUUAGAAACAAGAAACAAAGGUUGUAGAGAUAAUUCAAUUGAAUUACGUAGAUAAAAUAUAUAAAAUAUAUAGGUUCCUAUGAGAUUAGAUGAAAGAGCAAAAAUAAUGUAUAGGACAAUUUAAGAGAAUUCAACAACUUCAAGAAAAAAUACAUAAACAAUAUAUCAUUUCUAUAAAUACUUUUUUUUUGAGUUAUCUUGUCAUAAAAAGAAUUCUUUGAUAGAUGAGAGUAUGAGUAGUAAUUUUACUUAAGUGAGAUGGACAGAAGAGAGAUAAAAUUAGAUAGUGAAUGAUUCUUUAAGUUAUUGGUAAAUUGUGAGUCUAACGGUGUCUAUAAUAGUAAUAAUAAUGGCAUUGUUGAAUUGGUUAUAUAUAAAAAUAUUAAAGAAUGAUUAAUGA